AUGGGGAAAAGUUCAGGUUAUGUCUCGGAUCUGUUUCAGAGAUCUGUGCAGUGGGUUCUGACGAGGGCUCGUGGUAUCGACACUGCGAUCAUCAUCAGCCCAUUUGAGGCUCAAGAACUUCUGCCAGACAUACGGAACUCCAGCUUUGUUUCGCUUCAUCUUUACGCCCCGCGACCUAACCUCGGGUUCCGUUCUUUGGAUGAUCUGAAUCUCUUCACCAUCCCGCACCAAAGACUUCCUCAGAACCUCCCUCUUCGGCUUGUCACUGAGCUGAACCUGUUCUCGGGUCAACUUUAUGUCAAGUCAUUGGAUCAGUACCGGGACCUACGGCGAUUCCUCAUGUUGGAAUCGGAUGACUCAAGGGUCGAUUAUGAAACUGAACUACCACAAGUAAUCGAUCGGGGGUACCUCGUGCAGUUCAUCAAAGUCGUGUUGAUGAAGAUACGGAGAAACUGUGAGUCAAUUGACAAGACUCAUGUGGGCCGAGUAUUGGAGCAGAGAACUUUGGAUGCUUCGGAUUUCGAGGACGGCAACUAG